AUGGGAGAUUUUAAGUCGAUGCUUUUCCCUCAUGAUGGGUUGGGAGGGUCGUCUAGGCGUAACUCGGAUAUGGAAGAGUUCCAUAUUUGUCUAGAAGAUGUAGUGCUUUUUGAUAUCUCUUAUCAAGGGUGUCAAUACACUUGGAUUCAGAUGCCAUCAGGGGAUGGGGGUAUUCUUCGCAAGUUAGAUCGGAUUUUGGGGAACUUGGAGUUUAUUGAUAAAUUUGGGGAUGCAUCAGUUUUCUUUGAACCAAGAGGGAUCUCUGACCAUUCGCCGGGUAUUUUAACUUGCAAAGUUGGGAAAAGGAUUAGAAAUCGUGGUUUCAAGUUUGAUAAUUUCUUGACUUCUCAUAAGGAUUUUCUUAGUUCGGUUGGGGGAGUAUGGAUUAAACCGAAGAAAGGAUCCUAUAUGAAGAAAGUUCUCCUUAAAAUGCAAGAGAUGAAAGGGGUUUGCCGUAGACUAAGGAAUUCUUAUGGUUGCUUGGAUAAGAAGGUGACAUUGUUAAAGUCGGAGCUUGAUGUUGCUCAAUUGGCUUGUGACCUAGAUCCUUUUAAUGAUUUGCUAAAAGAGGAUGCCGCUCAUCUCUUGUUAGCAUAUCAACAAGCUCGGACUGAUCAGUUGGAAUUGCUUAGACAAAAGACGAAGAUUUCUUGGCUGAAUGAGGGGGAUGGAAAUUCAAAGUUCUUUUUUCACUCUAUGAAAGAGAAGCGUAACAGGUAUCACAUUGCUGCUAUUAAGGACUGUUGCGGUAUGGUUUUUGAGCAUGAUGCAGUGCCACAAGCUUUUGUUACUCGUUUUUCAGGUAUUUUAGGUACUUUUGAUGCGAUGGUUAAUUCUUCUAUGGAGGAUUGUGUUUUUGAUCGUUCUUUGUCUUUAACGGAAUCUCUGUAA